CUGGAGCGAAUCAGCGGGCGGCGUGUCUCCGUCGCUCUGUCUUCUAGUCGCCUCAGCCGUGUGGAAAAUAACAGGGCUUCGUGAAGAAGCGCGGGAGGCCUGGAGUCGUUUCAGCGGUCCACAGACAAGCGGGCUGGAGACGUUGAAGGAAGGCCCGGGGGCGCCCGCCGGGGUCUGUCGGGUGCCUCGCCGUCACCCUUAACUCUUCCGAGUCCGGCGGCGGCGGCGGGAGCGGGCUCAAUGCGCACGCGCCAAGGCCGCUCCUGCUCCCGAGCCCUCCGGGCCGCCGCCGGGUCGCCGCCAGCAUGAGCCAGACCGCGGCCGUCCUGCCCCCGCCGGGCCCGACCUCCCGCUCCCUGCACGUGGAGCUGCCGUCUCAGCAGCGUCGUCUCCGGCAUUUGCGGAACAUUGCGGCCCGGAAUAUUGUCAAUAGGAAUGGUUAUCGCCUCCUGGACACCUAUUUCACUCUUCACUUGUGUGAUAAUAUAAAUAUAUGUAAAGAAUUUUAUAAGAGUGAGGUCAUAAAGAAUUCACUGAAUCCAACAUGGCGAAGCCUUGACUUUGGUCUAAUGCCUGAUCGCCUUGAUACGUCUGUAUCCUGUUUUGUGGUGAGGAUAUGGGGUGGCAAGAAUGAUACCUAUCAGCUACUGAUUGAGUGGAAGGUCAAUCUAGAUGGACUCAAAUAUUUAGGCCAGCAGAUACAUGCUCGUAGCCCGAAUGAAAUCAUUUUUGGGCUGAAUGAUGGUUAUUAUGGAGCCUUGUAUGAACAGAAGGGCCUCUCAGGAAUCCAGAAGAACAACCUCCUGCAGGUGGAUCAAAAUUGUGUGCGUAACUCAUACGAUGUCUUCUCUUUGCUAAGGCUCCACCGGGCGCAAUGUGCAAUUAAGCAGACUCAGGUAACUGUUCAGAAAAUAGGAAGGGAGAUUGAAGAGAAACUGAGGUUUACAUCUACAAGCAACGAGCUGAAAAAAGAGAGUGAGUGUUUACAGUUGAAGAUUCUGGUGCUUCAGAAUGAGCUAGAGAGGCAGAAAAGAGCUCUAGGCCGAGAAGUGGCCUUACUGCAUAAGGAACAAAGUGCACUGCUUGAAAGGGGAAAUUUAUUUGAAGAAGAACAUUCGAAGCUCCUAUUAGAUAAAGAACCUCUGCAAGAAUCAAGGAAGGAAUGCACCGCUAAGAGAGAGCAGUUCUUGAAGACCAACGCUCAGCUGAACAUCAGACGUAGGCAAUUACUUUCAGAGCUUUCCUGUAUUUACCCCAUUGAUAUGAAUGAUCAAGAGGAUUAUUUUAUUUGUGGAGUGAAGUUGCCCAAUUCUGAAAACUUUCAAGCAAAGGAUGAUGGGAGCAUUGCUGUUGCUCUGGGCUAUACUGCUCACUUGGUCUCCAUGAUUUCCUACUUCUUGCAAGUACCCCUCAGGUAUCCAAUAAUUCACAAGGGCUCCAGGUCUGCAAUCAAAGAUAACAUUAAUGACAAACUGACCGAGAAAGAAAGAGAAUUUCCAUUAUAUCUAAAAGGAGGAGAGAAACUACAAUUUGAUUAUGGUGUCUUCCUUCUGAACAAAAAUAUUGCACAGCUUAGAUACCAACAUGGGCUGGGGACUCCAGAUCUAAGGCAGACACUUCCUAACCUGAAAAACUUCCUGGAGCAUGGCCUCAUGGUUAGAUGCGACCGCCAUCACGUUUCCAGCGCCAUUCCGGUUCCAAAGAGACAGAGUUCUGCGUUGGGGGGGGAUCUGGAGGUCGGCUUCUCCAGCAACCGCCCGUCUCCAGACAAGGGGCUUCGAAAGCGGGCUAACUCCGAGAAUGAGAGACUGCUGUGCAAGACCCCCCCUCCGAGUUACAACUCUGCUUUAACCCAGCCCAUCGCCAUCGCGGGGGAGCCUGAGAAAAAGGCCGCAUCCUUAUCCUCUUCCUUAGAUACCUCCAUUGACUUCUCGAAAGAAAGCAGGAAGGGAGGGGAUUCGCGCAUUGGCGUCAACGGUGAAAACAGGAGCUCGGGCAGUUCCCAGCAUCAGCCGGAGGCUUUCCGGGGACCUUCUCGUGCGAUCAACGGCACCCCGUUCUCCAGCAAGCCCCCCAGUACUGCGGCCCCCGAGCCGCCGGGCGUGUUCCGUGGCCCUCUGGGCACCAGCCUCCUUUGUACUGUGGAGCAAGCCGAAGAGAUCAUGGGCCUGGAAGCUAUGGGGUUUGGCUCAGGAGAUCAGCUGGCAGCCUUUAAUUACAUCCCGGUGGAUCACGCGGUGGCCGUGGAAUGCGAUGACCAAGUCCUGGGGGAAUUUGAAGAGUUUUCCCGAAGGAUCUGUGCACUGAACAAGGACACCCCCACUUUCCGCCGGCCGCGGAAGGGUUCCGAUAAGUAGCCUCAGAUGCGGUGGUGGGGCAAAGAAGAAGGGGUAUAUCUGGAGUGGAGAUAAAACUUGCACUUGCAAUCCUGAUCAGUUACGGGGUGGGAGGGAAGGAAGCAACUUUUUGCUGCGGUUUGGGAAGUGCGCCCGAUUGCCAUUUAUGACCACGCGGGUCAGAAUCUGCUUCCUCCCCUGAUUUUUUUUAAUAUUCACGAAUUGCUUUGGCAGCUCAGUCGGGCCUUUUGCAUAUUUUUCCCCCCACGUUUAUUAUUUAGGUUUCUUUCUAUCCUUUCAGAAGAAAUUAGCUCAACCUCUUGCCGGCUCACUGCGCGUGGCUGUCUGCAGAUGUGCGCAUGCAGGAGCUCGUGUUCUCAGCAGCUUGCUGCUCUCAGCCAGGCCUCGCAGCUUUCUGGUUCAGAGGCCCGCACACUGUUUUUGUUGUUGUUUGGCUUGGGAAGCAGGUGAUGAGCAGUAGGAAGAUCUGUCACUCAAGAAGCCUGAGCAAAGCUCCCAUCCUCACUCCGCUUUCUUUCUUUCCUCCCUCCUUAUCACUCUUGUUGCCAGCAAUCCCACUCCUGGCCCGGGGAAAGGAAGGGGGCUUGCCAAAAUACCCAGUGGAAAUCCCAUGUUUCAGAGGGUCGCGUGCCAGAGAGGUGAUCAGUGCAUUGUUCCUUUUGCUUCCAAGAAUAAAAUUAAUAUGCUUUAAACAUCGCCCGUCUAACUAAUAUGUGGUCAAGGAUCAGGAAUAAAAUCAUGUUUUGCUUUGAAUGAGUAGGUGGCUGUGCACCCUCCAACCAGGCUUGUCAGCUGAACACGCUGCUUCUAAAGGAUGCUGGCUUUCUCGCCUUCUUGGCGGAGGAUCUGUGUCUGCUACAGGAGCUCCCUUGGGACCAUAAACUGUAACAAAACAGCCUGUGGGUGCAUCAUUAUUAUUAUUAUUAUUAUUAUUAUGGUUAUCAUUAAAAUUAUUAUCCAUUAUUUCAACCUCAGUCAAGCAGCGAAGCAGUUUACAAACACGAAAGCCAGACUUCGUACACACACACACAUGCGUGUGUGCACAUACGCACACCCAGUGCAAUAGAUUUGGGAUUGCCUGAAUCGAGUUGAAUUGUGCUUUCUGCAGACUUUUUCAAAUCGUUUGAAUCUUUUUUUAAAUAAAGGAAAUCAACCAAAUGGCCCGUACUUUUAAACUGGAGUUGUCUUCAACAGUUUAUCAACAGGGCAAAUUUGACUUCAGGUGAGGUAGUUUCCCGUGUUUCCGACUGCACUAACAUGAGAGUGGAUUUUCUGGUCUGCUUCAGGCUCCUGAAGAUCUGCCUUUUGGAGGUCACAAAGGUCUAGCUUUUGCUUUCUACCUUGUAUAUCGAAGUCUGGGCUCAACUGCGAGCUCAUAAAUAUAAAUAUGUAUUGCAGAAUAAAAAUUUAAUUUACUUCAUGGCCAA